GACGCCAUCUACGUCAACAAAUCGUAACAGCUUGUAAUCUGAAAAUCGUCAGAAAGCCUGCAAAUCAGAUUUGGCACCAUGACAGACGCAGGAUUUUUCCGUGGCACCAGUGCCGACCAGGACAAUCGCUUCACAAAUAAGAAGAAGAAGCUGUUAAGAUCGCUCAAAUUCAAUCCUAUUCUGGAGAAAAAGGUGAGCAUGAGCAAAGUGAACCUGGACACACUGAAACCAUGGAUUACAACUAAAGUCACUGAGAUGCUUGGAGUCGAAGAUGACGUUCUCAUUGAGUUUAUCUUCAACCAAUUGGAAGAAGAACAUCCUGAUCCUAAGGAUAUGCAGAUUAACCUGACAGGGUUCCUGAAUGCUAAGAAUGCCCUGGCCUUCAUGUCAGAGCUCUGGGAGCUCCUCACCAGCGCCCAGGAGAAUAUUGCAGGCAUCCCAGCUCCGUUCCUUGAGCAGAAGAAAGAGGAGAUCAAGAAGAGACAGCAAGAGCAGGAGCGGAUCCAGGCAGAGCUGAGUAAGCUGAAGGAAGGAACAGAGAUCCAAGGAGAUGGAGAUCGGAUGGAGAAAAGACGAGGAGACAGGGACAGGGACAGGGAACGAGACAGAGAGGAGAGGGAAGAUGUCAAUGGAAGCGGUGACAAGAAAUCCCCAGAUGGAACCAAGCCAGCACCUAGACCAGCUAAAUGGGAUUGGGAGCCCCGCCCUGAAGGAAAGAACGAAUCCUCGAAGGAUGGAAAAGAAGAGGGGGAUUCCCCUAAUGCCUCUGGCCCCUCUACGUCUGCUGGCCCUGAAGCUGAUGGUGAAAAGGAAGAGAAGAAGUCCAAGUCUAGGUCCAGGUCUAGAUCUAGGUCCCACUCAGGCACACCACCUCCUAAGAAAGAAGGAAAAGGAACACCCUCCCCCCACCUGUUGGCAUUGUGAAACCUGCUGAAAAGAGGAGGUCUAGGGAUGAUUUGUGUGGAAAAGAUAGCAGUGAUGAUGAAAGGAGGAGGAAGAGAAGAACAUCUUCACCAGACAGAAACAGGAGGAAGAUAAGUACAGACGCAGGCGAAGAUCUAGAAGUAGAUCUAGGUCACGACACAGGUCAUCACCCGGCGACGUGACAAGAGAUCAAGGACUAGAUCUCGGUCCAGGGAUAGGCGGUCGAGAUUUCAGGAGGAGGUCUGGAUCAAG